CUGUUUUUUGUGUUCCCUACAGAUGGGUCCUCCCAGUGUGAUCCAGAUCCAGGCACAGGACCUGUACCAGCUGCAGCAGUAUCUACAGGAAGCAGCCCACAGAGAACAGAUGCUGGAGAACAAGUUGGCUACACUACAGAGGGUGAUGGCAGAAACACAGGAGGCCUCUGAGUCCAGCUGGCAGGCACUCAUCGACGAGGACAGGCUACUGUCCAGACUAGAGGUCAGUUCUCCUGGCUUCUUCAUGAGAGAAGUAUUCCACUUGAUAGCAUCUGCUUUGGUCCUGCUGUCAGACGUAUACGUAACAGUCAAUGCAGCUAAUAACAAUCCACAGACACCUACAUCAUAUGACAUUUAUGUAUUUCCUUAGUCUACCAUUUAGAAAUUGAGUUGGCUGUAAUAACAAAGAGUUCGGGGACCUCAUACCUCCAUGAAAUAUUUAUUGCUUUUUGUGGAUAUUAUGUAUUGUUGAUGGUCUGAUGGUCUGGUUGAUGGUAUUUGAGAGUAAUGGAUAUUACUGUUAUGGGAGAGAACUGGUUUAUUUAUUAAAGACAAAAACAAUGUCCAUCUGAUUAGGAAAUAUAAAUAUGUGACACUUCAAAGUCUAAUGUGAGUUUAACAGAUCGACGCCAUAUCGUAGCCUGGUGUUCUUGAACCGUGAUGUUCGGCAGUUAAACUGGCUAAGGUUGUCAGCAUUCCUGAGGUGCCGACAAUGUGCCUCAGAGCGAUGUGUGGUGGUAGCCUGACUAAAAUCGUGCUCCUAGCGGCCGGCCCUAUAGUAUUGCCGCUCUCGGGGACGGGGUCA